AUGGAGUUUAUGCAGUUGAAACAAGGGGAUAUGACUAUUGCUGAGUAUGCCCUGAAUAAAAGUAAACUAGUGGAAGAAUGUUCAAAGAAGGUGGCGAUAGCUCGAGCAAGUCGUAUGGAGGAUUCACAAAGAGACUUUGUUCAAAAUUUAGCCCCUCAAGGUCGCAACUUUAAAGCCAUUGGUCAAUUCCAGUGUUGGAAUGGAAACCACCGAGAUGUCAGCCUUUUAACUCGCAAUAAUGGUAGUGACAAUAACCGUGACAUUGAACAAGGACAUGAGAGUCAACCUCACCAAGCUCAAAGUGGUGUAGUAUGCCCAACUUGUGGAAAGCAUCAUGGUAGUAGGAUUUGCCGGUUCAGAACAGGUUUAUGUUACUACUGUAAUAAGGAAGGACAUCGGGCAAGAAACUGUCGAAAAGGAAUGGUAGAUGAGUCUGCUGGCAAUACUAUAAAGUUUGGAUUUAUCACUCGAGGUAAAGUAAGAGAACUUGGAUACGUUGCGAAGGAUUGUCCGAAGGGAUUUACUCGAAAUCCAGUCAGAACCCAACAACAAGGACGAGUGUUUGUUACCACUAUUGACGAUGUUGUGCAAUCGGAUGCCCUCAUUCAAGUUCAGUUCAUGUCAAGAAUCGAUUUCUAA